AUGGCUAGCAAUUUAUUAACCCUGGCGAAGGUAUUUGUAUUGGUAUUGGGACUGCUUUAUGUCUGUGGUGGUGUAGUAAGUGCUCAGUUAUUUGAUAUAACUAGUGUUGGAAGUCUGGAUGAUGAUUUCUACGAAGAUAGUUGCCCGAGUGCAGAAUCAAUUGUGUUUAAGGAAGUGAAAUCUGCAGUUAACAAGACUCCUGGAUUUGCCGCUGGCCUCAUACGAUUGCACUUCCACGACUGUUUUGUCAGGGGCUGCGAUGCAUCAGUUCUUAUCGACUCCACUCCAAACAACACAGCAGAGAAGGACUCACCUGCAAACAAUCCGAGUUUGCGUGGAUUUGAGGUGAUUGACAGUGCGAAAGCAAGAUUGGAGAGCAUAUGCCCUGGGAUUGUUUCUUGUGCUGAUAUCCUUGCAUUCGCUGCUAGAGACAGUGCAAAUUUGUUGUCUGGAGUAACUUGGAAUGUUAAGGGUGGAAGAAGGGACGGAAGAGUUUCUCUGGUAUCAGACAUCACAGGAGAAAAUAUACCAUCACCAGGGGCCAACGUGACUGAGUUGACACAAUUGUUUGCAGGAAAAGGGCUUUCCCAAAAAGAAAUGGUGAUAUUAUCAGGCGCUCAUACGAUAGGAGUUUCCCACUGCAAUACUUUUGUGCUGGAUAGGCUCUACAACUUCAAUGGCACUAAUUCAACGGAUCCUUCUCUUGACCCGGACUAUGCAGAAGCUCUGAAAGCCAAGUGCCCACAAGAGACCAGCAGUGACAGCACAUUGACAGUGCCAAUGGACCCCUCUACACCCACUGUUCUUGACAUUGACUACUACAGUAAUGUUCUACUUAACCGCGGUUUAUUUGUCUCCGAUGCAACUCUGCUCACCAAUAAAAAAACCCUAAAAGUUGUUAACGAAAGCGCCAACUCCAACUUCAUCUGGUGGAAUAAGUUUGCAGAUGCUAUGAAAAAAAUGGGGAAGAUUGAUGUAUUGACUGGGACUAAGGGUGAAAUCCGGCUCAAUUGCAGGGUUAUCAAUUGA